AUGUGGCUCAACUCCAGCACAGUCUUCGUUGCUCACGCACCAACAUCGUUGUACGACGAAGAAGAGCUGGAGGUGUUCUGCAUGUCUCGAGAAGCUCUACGGAGAGGACCAUAUUUCUUCAAGGCCAUCGUCGGUGGUUUCAACUAUACAAGAUUGGCACUAGAAGAACGGCUGAAGAGCCUCCCAUCGGAACUCACGGAAUGGAGUGGAAUGAGCAGGGUGAAAGGUUGA